CUCCAAACUCAAAACCCUAGAGAGAGAAAGAGCCUGCGAUCUCGCGAAGAUGUCGAUGUCGAAGAGUUCAAAGAUGCUGCAGUACAUCAAUUACCGAAUGCGGGUGACGAUCCAAGACGGCCGUCAGCUUAUCGGAAAAUUCAUGGCGUUCGACCGGCACAUGAACCUCGUCCUCGGCGACUGCGAAGAGUUCCGUAAACUACCUCCGACGAAAGGCUCCAAGGAGGAGCGCGAGGACCGCCGCACCCUCGGCCUCGUCCUCCUCAGGGGCGAAGAAGUCAUUUCACUCACCGUCGAAGGCCCCCCUCCCCCCGACGACUCCCGUCUCAAAACCACCUCCGCCAACGCCGUCCCCGGCCCUGGAAUUGGACGCGCCGCCGGACGCGGCGUCGUCACUGGCCCGCUCACACAGGCUCAGCCCGGCCUGUCCGGGCCCGUACGCGGCGUCGGUGGGCCCGCCCCGGGAAUGAUGCAGCCCCAAAUUUCUCGGCCUCCUCAGAUAUCCGUUCCGCCUCUCUCCUACCCUCCGCAGCCUCAGAUUGUUAGACCGCCGUCUGGUGCUCCUCCGCCCGGAGCGUACCCUCCUAGGCCCGGAAUGCAAAUGCAGCCGCCGCCGCAGUUCAGGCCCGGUAUGCCUCCACCGGGUCAAUUCGCUCCUCCCCCUCAGUAUGGACAGAGACCCCCAAUGAUGCCACCACCUCAAAUGAUGAGGGGGCCGCCGCCCCCUGGUGGUCCACCUAGGCCUGGAAUGCCCGGGCAGCAGCCGCCAAGACCUGGAAUGCCACCUCCGCCACCUGCUGGACAAGUUCAGAUGUUUGGUCCACCUAGGCCAGGAAUGCCGCCUCCACCCAAUCCUCAAAAUCAGCAGUAAAAACGAAAAGGGGAUUUCUCGAGUUCAUUUGUUUGACAGCCAUGAAGGAUCAUCUCGAAGAAGAAAAGCUAUCGGUGGAUUUGGACGAGCCCCUUGUGAUGUGUAGUAAUGAGAUGUUCAUUAAGUAAUUAGCGGUAUUUAGGAUUUCUUUAUGAUGCCAUUUACAAAGUAUAUGAUGAUGAAUACCUUACAUGCUCGUUUCGCAAUUCACAUUUUGUUGGAUUCGUGCGAAUUUGGCGGAUUUUCUUUCAUGCAUGUGGCUAAUGCAAUCUUACUUUGCUUAAUCGAAAAAAAAAAAGUGAUGUACCUGUUUACGACUUGAAGUCGAUGAUUCUGCUGGUUUCUUAGCUGAAAGAACAUGCCAUUAGUUAGAAGUGAACUAGUUCGAUUUGUGAUUGGUUGGUCAUAAUCUUUUCAUUUUUUUUCCUGCAA